AUGCCUCUAUAUGCUAAGUGCUUGAAGGAGCUUAUCAACAAGAAAAGAAGUUGGGAUGAGAAAGAGACUAUACUGCUUACUGAGGAAUGCAGAGUCUUAAUUCAAAAAGGGCUUCCCUCUAAACUUGCAAACCCUGGAAGUUUCUUUCUACCCUGCACCACUGGGAGAUUGACCAUCAACAAAGCUCUCUGCGAUCUAGGAGCAAGUAUCAACUUAAUACCCUCUUCUUUGGUGAAAAAGCUGUGCAUAAAGGAAAUUAAGACCAUACAAAUGUCUCUAGAACUGGUAGAUAAAUCAGUAGUAAAUCAUAGGGGUGUGAUUGAAAACCUUCUAGUCAAGGUGGACAAAUUCAUAUACCCUACAGACUUUGUAGUUUUAGAUUCAGAUGAGGAUGAAGGUGAUUCUGUCAUACUUGGGAGACCUUUCUUGGCCACUGCUAGAGCCAUUAUAGAUGUGGAAUAA